UCUAACAAUGACUUGCAACCCCAACUGGGAUGAGAUAGUGGAGGAGCUCUUGCCUGGCCAAACCCCACAAGACCGCCCUGAUCUUAUUGUGCGGGUGUUUAGAGCCAAGCUAGAGGACCUAAAGAAGCAACUAUUCAAAAAAGCACAUCCUUGGCAAGGUGAUUGCGUAUGUCUAUGUAGUUGAAUUUCAAAAGAGAGGCCUUCCGCAUGCUCACUUUCUACUAAUCAUGGAGUCCGGAUACAAGCUCACGGAUCCGGAGCAGUUCGACCGCGUCAUCUCAGCUGAGCUACCAGACAAGCAUAAGUACCCUGAGUUAUAUGCCAUGGUCGUUAAGCAUAUGAUGCAUGGCCCUUGUGGUGUCCUAAACCCCAAGAACGUGUGCAUGCAGGGUGGUUCCUGCAAAAACCACUACCCACGCCCAUUCAACAUGAGCACUAUCCAAGGAAAGGACUCAUACCCCAUUUAUCGGAGACGAGAUGAUGGUCGUCGCGCCCAGGUCCGACGAAGAACUCUGGACAAUAGGUGGGUUGUUCCGUAUAACCCUUACCUCCUACGAAGGUACAACUGCCACAUAAACGUGGAAGUGUGCUCUAGCAUCAAGGCUGUCAAGUAUUUGUAUAAGUACAUAUACAAGGGCCAUGAUCGGGCUUCAUUCUCUCUGGACGAGCCUGACAAUAAUGGAAACAUCGAUGAGAUCAAGAGAUACCUGGAUGCUAGGUGGGUUACCCCACCUGAGGCGCUUUGGAGGAUAUUUGGUUUCAACCUUAGUGAGAUCUCGCCAUCAGUGAUGCAAUUACAGCUUCAUCUCCCAAACAUGCACAUGGUCUCAUUUGCUACAAAUCAGGACUUAAAUGAUGUUAUAUCCCGAGAGGGAAUAUCUAGAACAAUGCUCACUGCAUAUUUUGAAGCUAAUAGAACUGUCCCAGAUGCCCGAGGAUUGUUGUACAAGGAUUUCCCAGAAAAGUUCAGAUGGAACCCAGGCACAAAGAAGUGGACAAAAAGAAAGCAACGGUUUCAAGUUGGCAGAAUUGUGUCAGCACAUCCAGCUGAGGGGGAACGAUACUAUCUAAGGGUGCUGCUAAACCAUGUGGCGGAUGCGACAUCCUUUGAAGAUCUAAGGACGGUGAAUGGUGUUGUUUUUUCGAGCUUUCGGGAAGCAGCCGAAAGAAGGGGUCUUAUCGAGGCUGACAACACACUCGAGGAGUGUCUUACAGAGGCCGAGCUAUUCCAGAUGCCAUCCUCCCUCCGAAGGCUUUUUGCAACUAUCUUGGUCUUCUGUGAGCCAAGCGGCGUGCGUGAGCUAUGGGGCAGUCACUUAGAGGCAAUGUCAGAUGACUAUCGACGUUCUCACGCGUGCCCGCACAUGGUGGAACAAAUGGUGUUGUUGGAUAUCAGGAACAUGUUGCAUUCGAUGGGGAAAGACAUAUCAUCAUUCCCUCUUCCCAACAUUCAGGAGUCUCAUGACAUCUUCGGGGGUGAGGCUAUAGAGGUCAUUGAGGAGUCCACGGUCGAGGUUGACCCUGAGCAUUUGUCUAUGGUAUCCUCUCUCAACCACGAGCAAAGGUCCGCCUACGAUGAGAUAUUGUCCUCUGUUGACAGUGGCAAUGGAGGCGUCUUUUUCGUUGACGGCCCAGGAGGAACCGGGAAGACUUUCCUCUACAAAGCGCUCCUCGCAAAGGUUCGCAGUGAGGGAAAGAUAGCCGUAGCAACCGCGACUUCAAGGGUUGCUGCAUCCAUCAUGCCCGGAGGUAGGACCGCCCAUUCGAGAUUCAAGAUCCCGCUGAGCAUCGAAGAUGGUGCAACAUGCAGCUUCUCAAAGCAAAGUGGGACAGCCAAGCUCCUUCGGAUGGCAUCCCUCAUUAUAUGGGAUGAGGCCUCUAUGACAAAACGACAAGCAAUUGAGGCGCUAGACAAUAGUAUGAGAGACAUAAUGGGUCGACAUGACAUGCCAUUUGGGGGGAAGACUGUUGUGUUUGGAGGGGACUUCAGACAGGUCUUGCCAAUUGUCCGAAAGGGGACUAGGCCACAGAUAACCGAUGCGACUCUACGGAGGUCCUACCUAUGGGAAAGCAUGCGGCAACUAAGACUGGUCCAUAAUAUGAGGGCUCAAAGUGAUCAAUGGUUCGCUGAUUUUCUAUUACGAGUUGGGAAUGGAAUCGAAGAGGUUGAUGAGAAUGGUAACAUACAUCUUCCAGAUGAAAUUUGUGUACCAUCUACUGGAAACGACACUGACCUUGAUAGGUUGACAGAGCAUGUCUUCCCCGGUCUAGGUGAGAACCUCACCGACCCAAAUUACAUCACGUCUCGGGCCAUCCUGUCGACCAAGAAUGAUAAUGUUGACAUGAUAAACAUGAGGAUGAUAGAACGUUUCCGAGGUCAGGAGAUGAUAUAUUAUAGCUUUGAUCGUGCUGAGGACGACCCCCACAACUACUAUCCUCCCGAAUUUCUCAACUCACUUACUCCCAACGGGCUUCCUCCGCAUGUCUUGAAGCUAAAGAUUAAUUGCCCUGUUAUAUUGCUGCGAAAUAUCGACCCUGCUAACGGACUAUGUAAUGGAACGAGACUUGUGGUUCGGGGGUUCCAAAGAAAUGCUAUUGACGCCGAGAUUGUUCUUGGACAGCACGCCGGAAAGAGAGUCUUCUUGCCUCGGAUACCCCUAUGCCCCUCGGAUGAUGAAAUGUUCCCUUUUCGCUUUAAAAGGAAGCAAUUCCCAAUCAGACUUAGUUUUGCCAUGACAAUCAACAAGGCACAAGGGCAAACCAUUCCUAAUGUUGGUGUGUAUCUACCUGAUCCGGUUUUCUCGCAUGGUCAACUAUACGUGGCAUUAUCUAGAGCAACUGCAAAGAGCAACAUCAAAAUUCUUGCUGUCGCGGGUAAUGACGAGAAUGGGAGGUCCAAAUCUUCCAAACAACAAGGGACAACCACACGGAACAUUUGUCUACAAGGAAGUCCUCAGCAUGUAGAAAUUUGAGUUGAUGGUAAAAGCUCAGCAUGUAGAAGCGAACAUGCAAUGCUUGCUAAAUAAUUACUACCGUGUACCAAGGGACAUAGUUGAAAUUGAUCAAGCUAUGUAUUAUUUGUUCUAGAUGGAGCAACUAUUUGUCUGGUUAAGUGGUUUGGGGAUGCAAAGAUAUGCCAAUUUGUUUCUUCUCUCUCGCAUAGUAUUCUGAUGUGAAUUAGUCUAUGAAUUUGGUACAUAUAAUAUUUUCAUAUAUAUGGGUGCAAAAUCACUUAAUGUCAUUUCCUUCCAUGAAUCGUACCUACCCGCUAUGUUACAUUUUAUAAGACAUUUUUAGAGUCAUUUAUCCGAGAAUAUAAACUAAUAUAUGACAUUUUAGAUCACUAACUGUACGUUCUCUACAGACUAAUAUAAGAUUCUUAAGAGCUUAAGCUAUACGUUCUCUACAGACUAUUUCUUUCAGCUCUCACUAAUUUUGUUUCGGACAGUUUUUCUCGCGUUUCGCUCCAUUUGUUUUAAGUGCUAUGGAAUUUAUGCUGCAAUCAAUCAACCUAUCACUAAAGCAGACCCCACUGCACCACGACAUGGACUAUAAUUUACUACCUGAAAUGAGCCCCCUACAUGCAGGAUUUAUUUAAUAACUUUGUCCUUCCCCUUCCCGAUGCAAUGGUAUGCACAGACCCUUGACUUGUCUUGGUACUCUUCCCCUCACAUGCCUGUAAUGCACCCUUCGAAUAUUUUAAUAAUACUUACCUUUUCCCUUCCCAGUGAAUGGAGUACUGCGCAGCCCAUCAUUGCCUCUUCUCUCUCACUUGGCUAUUAUAUUGUGCCAUCUCUCCGAGCAGCUAACUCCGGAUUCCAAGGGCAAGUAAUCGAUUCAAGCCUCUGAAUCGAUGAGACAAUACCAAAGGAUUGAGCAGAUCUCCUCCCAGACCAGGAACUAUCCGGAUGGAUCUCUCUCUCCCUCCUUCUCUCUCCCCCUCUCCCUCUCCCUCUCCCCCUCUCUCUCUCUCUCUCUCUCUCUCUGACAUGUGCUCCUUCCCAAUCCAAUCGCAGAUGGAUUUUCAGACCAGAGGCUUGCUUUGUGUGGGAGUGGAUCGAAUCCUGACCCGUGCAACUCCAUAUCGGCACCCCUGCUUACUCCUCUCUAUAUAUAGGUGUUGGUGUGUUGUUUGGCACGCCAUUCUCAAGCAAGCCAGCUGAAGAUUGCUUCGAGAAAUUUGGUAUGUUCUACCACUUAAUUAUUUUGCCUAUUUGUUCUUUGCUAUGAUUUGUGAAUAUGCUGCUAUAAUCAUAUGCAUGCAAUCCUUGUUGAAUUGUGAGUGCUAAGUUAAAACCGUUGGUUGUUCUUUUGCUAAGUUAAAACUGCUUAAUCCUAUGGUUCUGUGGUACCUUUAUUCACAGUUCUUCUUCCAGGACAAGAUGAGGCCACUGAAGCGUAAGAGAGUUGAAGCGCCACGCAUCCCAACACUCGAAGAUGUGCAUCCGUACACUAGGUGGAAUCUGUGUGUCCGAGUGUACCACAAGUUCCAUGUGGAGAGGUCGUCUCCUGGUAGAAAGCGGCUUAACAUGGUAUUAUUGGAUGAGAAGGGCAAGAAAAUGGCUGCUGUCGUAUAUGAUGAAGAUGUCGAUCGAUUUGAUCCUUUACUCGUAGAGGGGCGGGUAUAUUAUGUGUGGCAGAUGCUCGCAGAACCAAUUGUCAGAGAUGGGGACUAUUUGUUUGCAGAUAGUCACUUUGUGUGUCGUUUCAGCUCAGUGACAAUAAUCAAUGAGAUAAGAAAUGUCAAUGAGCAGCUGAUCCCAUUGUUCCCUCCAUUUAUGCCUUUUGACAAAGUUUGGGAGUUCACCCUUGAUAAUAAUACAUAUGUUGGUAAGUUAAUUAGUUUCCUUUUAUACAUUCUAAAUGUUCUCUUGUAACACACCAUCAACUAUAAUGUUUUUCCAUUCAAAUGCUAGAUGUCAUUGGCAUGGUUUUGUUUGUAAGUUCUAUGGGACACGAGGACAGUUUCUACAACCGAAGGAUCCCAGUGAGAAAUAUCGUUCUGCUAGAUGACACGUAUAUCUAUCUUAUGGUUUAGAAUUAUUUGAAUAAUUCAAAGAUUUUAUGUUUUUCUUCUAAUAUUACUUGAUUUUGUAGCUACAAUAUUGUCAAGUUAGUUGUAUGGGACAAGUUAGUGACUGAUAAUCUAAGUACAUGGGAAAAACUGGCCGAGGAGCGUGCUAUUGUCGUGGCAACAAUGUUACGUGCAAACCGCAUUGGUAAGUUAAGUUCAUGCAUUGUUCUAUGCACAUAGUACCAACAAAAAAAAUUGCUAAUAGAUUUAUGAUUUGUCUUUAAUUAACUAGACCGUGGCCUGCAUACUACGGACUAUAGUAGCAUGCACUUUGACCCGAACAUCAUAGCCGCACAUAAACUGAGGCAAAGGAUCAAUAAUGAUGUGUCUGGACCAGCAUCUCCAUGAAUCAAAAGAAGAUGGAGAAUGGAGUCAUGAAGCAAAAUUGGAGAAUAGGAGAAUGUGUUGCAUAAGCUAGACUGAGCUGCUUUUGGAUUGUGUUAAUCAGCUUUUGCUUAAAUUUGGGUGUAUGAGUCGUUAAAAAUCUGUUCGGUGCUUUUGUAAUUGUUGAUGUAACUGAAACUGAGUUUCACCUACAACGUGAAAUCUUAUGAUGGUGUAAUGCCAAGACAACUUCAUCUGAGAAAUCAAGUUGUUGUGUUUUCUAGGCAAA